AUGACAACCAAUUCUGAGUUCCGCACCAAUUUUUACGUCUGUAUCGUUGGCAGUGGCCUCGUGGGACUCGCCUGUGGCAUCCUAUUGCGCCGCCAUGGCUUCAAGGUGACAAUUCUCCAAAAAGACCUGACUCUGGGCACGCUCGGAGCCGGCAUCCAGCUGCACCCGAACGCCCUGCGCGUGCUGAAGGACCUCGGCGUCUACGACAAGGUCCGGGCCGUGUCCAUCCUCCCGCAGGCCAUCAUCCUAAAGGAGUACAAGACGGGCCAAGUGCUGCACACGCAAGACCUCCUGCAGGCCACGGAAAAGUACGACGCACCCGUCGUGACGAUUCACCGCGCUCGCCUGCUCGGGAUCCUGUACGCCGAGGCGAUCGCGAGGGGUGUCGUAAUCCGGCACGGCGUCAGCAUCGACGUCGCGGGCGUGGACCUGGCGGGCGGCGUCCUGCGGCUCGCCGGUCCGUCCGAGGAGAUCAUCCACGCGGACCUCGUCGUCGGCGCCGACGGUGCCAACUCGGUUAUUCGCGAGGCCGUGACGGGGGGCAAGCCGGCGGUGGUGCCGCAUGGCAAGGUGGUCAACCGGAUCCUGGUCGACGAGGCGGCGAUCAUGGCGCGCCCGCGCCUGCGGCAUCUGAUCGAGCGGCCCAACAUCGUCGUGUGGCUGGGCCCCGGGGGCCAGGCCGUGACGUACGGACUGGACGGCACGUUUAACAUCGCGUUCACGUGGCCGUGGUCGGCUGACCCAAAAGACGCGUUCUUCGGCCCGCAGAAGGUCGACUUUGAGGAGUUUAAGAAGGGCCUGGCGGCCUGGGAGCCGGAUCUGCGCGAGCUGAUGGAGCUUGGGGGCGAUGCGCUGCGCUGGAUGUUCUUUGAGCACCCGGGCGAUGGCGAGGAGACGCCUUGGCUUGAUCCGUCAGGGAGGUUAUGCAUCGUUGGGGAUGCUGCGCAUCAGGUUUUGCCGUAUCUAGCACAAGGCGCAGCGCUAGGUUUCGAAUCUGCCUCCAUACUCGCGCAUCUCCUCGGCAAAACCGAGAGCGAGCAGCAGGUGCGCGACUGUCUCGACGUCUAUCAGCGGCUGCGCAAGGAGAGAACCGGUCACGUCGUCAGGGCGAGUCUGAAGACCAGCCGGCUCUGGCAGUUGCCUGAUGGUCCUCUCAAGGACGAGCGAGACAGGGAGUUUCUGAACGAGGUUCCCAGCGCUGGGUAUCCCAAUUUCUUGGCUGAUCCGUUCUUUCGGGAGUGGCUUUGGGGAUUUGAUGCUAAGGCGGCCGCUGGGGAGGCUUGGGCCAGGUAUGAGCAGGAGCGCGUGUAG